AUGCACCUCGACCAGCCCGACUACGACUACGAGCUCCCCAACCAGUUCAUCCUUGAGCACCUCCACCAGUCCUUCUACGAGCACGACCUCGAGCACAUCCAGCACGACCUCGAGCACAUCCAGCACGACCUCGAGCACAUCCAGCACGACCUCGAGCACAUCCUCCAGCACGACCUCGAGCUCCUCCACAAGCACUUCGACAACUUCCACUCAACCAACAACGUCGAGCUUUUCUACCUCAACCACACCGUCAACCACGACCACAACAACCACUACCACCUCAACGUCAAGCAUACCCACUACCACCACUUCGGCAAUAACCACACCGACAACCACGACCACAACAACCACAACUACAACGACAACAACUACUACUACUACCACAUCAGUAGCCCCAGCGGGCCCAACCUGCAUCAACAACAGCUGCGGGAUCCUCGACAUAACCGAUUUUCAGGCGAUCGAAUCCAACCCAGACUGCUGCGUCGGAACCGUCUGCGCUGUAACUCUUCAACAGGUAACCGGCACAUGUCAAACCUGCGCCGCCGAAUCAGAUUACUGCAACACCAAUGCGGACUGCUGUGCCGGGCUGAUCUGUUUGGGCGGAACGCCCGAUGUUGA